AUAACCUUAAAAACUUGUCUCUCUCGUUGCCAAAAGUAAAGAAAAAUCAUGACAUCUCUAGAAGAAGAAAACGAAGAUCUAAGAAUAGCAGCAUAUAGAGGAGAUGUGAAAUUCUUGAGAGAUUGUGUUACCUCUAAAAAACCUCACAGUUAUUACUUAAAACCAUUUAAGAGUAAUCAGUAUGAGUAUCUUCCUACAGGAAAUAUGUUCCAUAUAGGGGCCUCAGCAAACAAAGUAGAAUUCAUUAGAGAAGCAAUAGAAUUAUUGCCUUCUGAAAUCUUACAAGAACUCAUCCAAAAUUCAAAUGAAGAUAUGGAGAAUCCUCUUCAUUGCGCCGCCAUCGCGGGCAAUGUAGAGGUUAUAAAGAUGUUUCUACAAGUAUUUACAUCACAAUCUCUUGUAAAACCUUGGUUACAUAAGGAUUUCAUAGGAUCAACACCUUGUUAUAGAGCUUUAAGUUAUGGACAUGAGGAUUGUGUAUUGGAAUUUUUAAAGAAGGAUAAGGAGCUUAUGAACAUGGUUAAUAAUCGUGGUGUUAGCCUACUUUUCAGUGCUGCGCGAGAAAGAUGUAACAAAGUUGUUAUGGAGAUAUUGAAGUCUGAUCAUUCGUUUAGCACAGAUGGUGGAAACGGCCGAAAUGCUAUGGAAUACUUGCCAAGAUGCUCAGAUGACAAAGAAAUUUGUCGAUUGUUUCUUAUAAAAAAGCCAGAGCUACUAUAUACAAAGGGAUUCUUAAUACUAGACACAUGGGCUGAUGAAGGUAAAGUUUGGCCAUUUGAGUAUCUAUUAACAUGUAAUGAUAUCAUCCCAAACAUAAGGAGGAUUGUAUUCAACAUAUUCUUAGAAAAAGACCCAGAAACUGGUAAAAACAUUUUUCAUACACUUGCUCGUUCAUCUAGUACAGAAGAAAGUAUUCAAAUAGCAAAACUCCUUAUGAAUGUGUACAUGGAAGAAACAUCAAAUGAUCAUGACAUAACAACACAUGCAUCGAGUUCAAGCAUCCCAUCAAACCAGUUAUUUCCAUGGUUAUUAGUGACUGAACUUGGAAGUACUCCUCUGUUGACGGCCAUAGCUUUUCGGAAUGAAGAUUUUGCCUCAUAUAUCUUAUCAUUGGAUAACAAUGCUAUAAUAGAGUCGCCGUAUAAUUGUCUCCAUUUAGUCGUCAUGGCAGCAAAUCCUCAAGCUUCAUAUGUUCCAAAACAGAAUAAAUUGGAAAAAAUUGCAUUAGAGAUUCUAGACGUGAUUAUUAAUAAAGGUUGGAACCACCUUAUAGUUGAUGGUGAUGAAGCGGGCCUUGCCAUGCAUAAAGCACCAUUCUGCGGAGGAUUUUUUUUGGAAAGAUUAGUUACACUAUUUCCAGAGCUAUUGGAAAAGUUGAAUGAAGCCGGAGACACUGUGUUACACACAUGGAUAAAAGAGGUAGGUGAAGAAUGGCCAUUUAGAUGCAUGUUUGAGAGCAAAAAUAUCGAUCGAAAAUGGAGAAGUCGUCUCAUUAAACUUAUGUUUUUGUUAGACGACAAUCAACACAACCCUUUCCAUAUUGCUGCAAUUUCUACUCACAAAGAGACUCUCCAAAUUGUCAAGUUCUUAGUAGAAGCUUACAAAAAAGAAGUUCCUGAUUAUUAUCGGUAUAACUCGUUUAUGCUUCCUUGGAUACGAUUUAAUUCGAAAGGUGACGCACCUCUUCACUUGGCCAUACUACACAAACAAGACGAACUUGCAAAAUAUUUAGUGUCACAACUUGGUAAAAACGAUAUAGGUGAAAUAAUAGAUUAUUACACCCCGGAGUACAAAACUCUCUUUCUUGCAGUACACAAUGAUUGUAUUCAAGUGACCAAAUACAUAAUGGAAAAUUUAGAUAAGGAAAGGUGGCUCAAAUAUAUCAAGAGUUCGAUUGACGGGCGAAAUAUCUUGCAUAUUGCUUUAAGUUGCAAAGAUACAGAAUUGGGCACAUGGCUUAUUCACCAAACGCCAGAGUUCAUCAUCGAACCAGAUAAUGACGGAGAUACACCUUUGGAUGAAGCAUUUAGUGUUGGUGCUACAUGGUUUAUAGAAGAAAUUCUGAAAAAAUAUCCUCCAAUAUUCGAUCGUGCACCUUUAUGUUGGGUGAGAGCAUGUGAGUAUGGUAGAUAUGAAACACUUAAAUCAUUCAUCACAAAUUAUCCAAGAGAUUUUAGAGAACUAUGCAUACAAGUGGAGGACUCACCUUUACAUCAUAUCAACAGACUUCGAAGUUUAAAAGAGUAUGAGUCAUUUCUUAACAUAUCAGACAUGAAAGGUCUUAUCAACCUUCAAGAUUCUGAAAAGAAUACACCUUUGCACAAAGCUAUAGAGAAACAUAACAUACAUUUGACAGAAGCAUUACUUGGCUUGGAAAAAAUAAACUACACAAUCGAAAAUAAGGAGGGGAAAACAGCCAUGGACAUGUUGGCCGAAAAAUGCAAUGGUGGUGAUGUUAUAAUUAGAUGGGAUGCGAUGUGCCAAAGGAUCGGAAUCAAUCCAAGGAUAAAUACAUCAUUCUUUCAGCAACGCACUGAUUUACUAGAAGUGCGAAAUUCGCUUUUCGUGGUGGCGGCUUUGAUAGCUACCAUUACAUUCGCUGCUGGAUUUACUCUCCCUGGUGGAUUGAAUCAAAACACCGGAGAAGCAAUGAUGGCGACGAAGGCGGCUUUCUUAGUGUUUUUGAUGGCUAAUACACUAGGCAUGUGUACUUCCACAUUGGUGUUGAUAUGCCUUAUAUGGUCCUUAGUCCAUGAUAAAUCUUCCGAGGUUCCGCUGCUAUUAAUUGAAAAAAGCAUGUAUUUACUCAUGGUAGCAAUUUGCUCCACCUUAUUGGCUUUUAUGACUGGAGUGUUUGUUACUAUAUCCCCACAGAACUUAUGGCCAACCAUUGUUGUUAUCAUCAUGUGCUCUCUCAUUGGAAUUUUGGUUGAAAGGAAUCUAUUGCAAAAAGUCUUAAGGAUUCGUCCAACAAAACCAGUGACGGAGCACCAACAACAUAGGAUCUUUCGGGGUGUAUCAAUUGUGAAUGCUUGCUUAGCCUUCGUAAAAAAACUUCAAUUCCAACGGAUAAGGAAGAAUGAAGAACAUGAGGAGACUUCGAACCUUGUCUGAAACAUAAAUGUGAGCAAACUAGCAAACUAUCAUAAAAUGGAGAUGUCGAUAAUAUUAUAUCUGCGGCUGAGAUGCUAUGUAAAGGUCUCUUUAUACUUUUUUUUCGUUCUUAAACAAGUGUUAUACUGUUACAUUGUUAGUUUGACAUUAUUUAGCAAUUAAUUUUAACUCUAUUUUCUUGUUAUAUAUAAAGAAAAAAUAUAAUUAUGUAAGAUAUUGUUAGAUUUGUCUCGAUGUAUACUUUCAUAAUAUUAAA